AUGGUUGUUCAUAUUGGUGGUCUUGUGGCCGUUGUGUGUUUUUAUAUUCUCAUAUUGAUGGUUGGUAUUUGGGCUGGACGAAAACAAAAAUCAUCUGAAAAAUCUCCCGAUACUGAAGAGAUCAUGUUAGCAGGAAGAAAUAUUGGUUUACUCGUGGGAAUAUUUACAAUGACAGCAACAUGGGUUGGUGGUGCAUAUAUUAAUGGAACAGCUGAACAAGUUUUUUCUACUGGUCUUGUUGCAUGUCAAGCACCAUUAGGUUAUGCUAUUAGUUUAGUUGUUGGUGGUUUAUUAUUUGCACGACCCAUGCGUAAUGCUGGAUAUGUUACAAUGCUUGAUCCAUUUCAACGAAAAUAUGGACAAAGAAUGGGUGGAUUAUUAUUUAUACCGGCACUCUUAGGAGAAGUAUUUUGGUCAGCAGCUAUUUUAUCAGCAUUAGGAGCAACGAUUAGUGUUAUUUUUACUGAUGUUUCUAUGACGGCAUCGAUUAUUAUUUCGGCGGCUGUUGUUAUUGUUUAUACUCUUUUUGGUGGCCUAUAUUCAGUUGCUUAUACAGAUGUUGUUCAACUUGGAUUUAUAUUUAUUGGUCUUUGGAUUGCUGUUCCAUUUGCAAUACGACAUGAAGGUGUUGGUAAUAUUAUUUCAACAUGGCCCGAAUGGCGUGGUCAUAUGGAUAAAUCUCAAAUUGUUGAAUGGAUGGAUAGUAUGCUCCUACUUAUCUUUGGUGGAAUUCCAUGGCAGGUCUACUUUCAACGUGUUCUCUCAGCUAAAUCAGCAAAGAAGGCUAUGUAUCUCUCGUUUUGUGCUGCUGUUGGUUGCAUUCUGUUGGCUAUGCCACCUGUACUUAUUGGAGCUAUUGCUAAGUCAACUAAUUGGAGUAUGACAGAUUAUGAUAUAAAAAAGGAUAUCACAUCACCUGAAGCAACAAAAUUAAUUUUACCCUUAGUUCUUCUACAUUUAUGUCCAAAAUUUAUUGCAUUUAUGGGAUUAGGUGCCGUUUCUGCUGCUGUCAUGUCUAGUGCCGAUUCAAGUGUUCUUAGUGCAAGUUCAAUGUUUGCUCGUAAUGUCUGGAAACUUGUUUUUCGUAAUCAAGCAUCCGAACGUGAAGUUCUAUUAGUAAUGCGUUUGGGAAUAUUUCUUGUUGGAGCUUGCGCUGCUGGUAUUGGUAUUCUUGUCUCUUCGAUUUAUGUUCUUUGGUAUUUAUGUUCGGAUCUUGUUUAUGUCAUACUUUUUCCACAAUUACUUUGUGUUGUUUAUGUUCCGCAUACAAAUACAUAUGGUUCAUUGUCUGCCUAUAUUAUUGGUUUUGUCUUUCGUAUACUUAUUGGUGAACCAUCAUUAAGUAUUCCAACAUUGAUUCAUUUCGGUCCAUAUGUUCCGGCAAAAACUUUAUGUAUGCUUAUUAGUUUAACUACAACAUUAAUUGUUUCACUAAUAACAAAAAUUUUAUUUGAAAAUCGUAUCAUAUCACCACAAUUGGAUAUUCUUCAUUGUCUUGUUAAUAUACCAAAUGAAAUUUUACCAUUAAAAGAAAGUACAACAAUUGAUGAAUUACAACAACCAUAUCGUAUUACUAAACCAACAUCAACAACAAUAGGACAACAAUAUCUUAGUGAACCAAUAAUGAUGAUCAAUAAUUCAUAUUCACAAAGUCAAGAUACAUUAAAUACUUAUACAAAUUCAUGA